GUGUGUGUGUGUCUCAAAAGAACAAUCAGUGUAGAAACAGAAAGAACAAGAAUGAAGCAGACGAGACGGAGGCUUAAAUAACAUGAACGGAGAGAGACGGAGACUCAGAAGACACAAUGGAAAAACAAACUGAGAGACAGACCCAAAGACAUCAAAAGGCAAAUUGAAACAAAAGAAAUACAUUCAGGAAGAGAGUGAGCAGUUACAGGACUCAUCUUACCCAGAGGGGAGACCAAACCGUGAUGGACUAUGAACCUAAGAAAUCCAAGAAGAGCUUUGUCUCUCCUAUUAAGCGGCUUGUCUGGUCAAAAUCUGGUCGCAGGCAGCUGGAUCGAGGCAGCAUUUACCGGCGCCCGCUGCACACCGUCCCUCUUUACCCCCCCGAUUACCUCAUCCACCCUGAGAGGCUGAUCUUCGACUACAUCGAGAAGGAGGUCAAGUUCCUCGGUCACCUGACCUGGGUGUCGGUUUCACUGAACCCCUCGAGCCGCGACGAGCUGCUGCAACUCCUCGACACAGCCAGGCAGUUGAAGGUGCUGCCGUUGAAGACCAGCGUGGAUCAGGACUGUAUUCUGAGUCUGUCUGCGCGCUGUCUGCUGCUGACGUGGAGAGACAACGAGAAGCUGAUGGUGAGGAUUCCCACACAUGAGAUCGCUGCUGCCUCCUACCUGAGGGACGACGCGCUGCACCUGCUGGUCCUCAAGACAGGUCUGAACGUGGACACAGUGGUUGCUGGGGACGACAGCCUGGACAGGAAAAAGCCAACGGGCGUAGACAGCCGACGUCAAACCAUGAGCUCCAACGCGGACCCUCGACCUGCAGGGGGCACGAUGGAGCGACGGCACACAAUCUGUGGAGUCGACUGGAGGCCUUCAUUAUCCAGGAGUAACCACGACAAAAAUCCAAAUGUGGAGAGGGGGGGUGGAGGAGGAGGUGGAGGUGGAGGUGGAGGUGGAGGUAGCUGGGAGAAAAGGCAUGGGGGAGGAGGAGGUGGGAGCUGGGAGAGGAGGGGAGGUGGUGCCGGGGGGAGCUGGGAGCGACGGCAGGCCUGCACAGGAAGCUGGGAAAGGGGGAAGAGCUAUGGCAGCUGGGAGAGGAGGAACCAUAACCCGCUGGAGCCGACGCCCUGCCCAGAUGCCUACUGCAACCUGGUCAUCCUGGCCGUGGAGAACCGGGAAGCUGCAGAGGAGUACUGCUCUCUGAUCUGUCAGAUGUUCCAGAUCAUUUACGGCCAUCAGACCAUCGAGUGUGUGGACAGAGCCGGCUUUCAUCACACAGUGCCGGACCGAUACUGGCUGCAGAGGAGUGACAGCUGUCUCACUGACGUGUCCUACAGUUAUGAUCCAGAGUUUAGCUGCUGCAGCUCAUAUGAUGGUUCCCAGGAGGCCUUUGAGCCGUACUACAGUGAGACAUACAGUGAGAGCUCGUCUCUCUCGCUGCAGGACUCCCAUCGCAGUCUCGCUGAAGCCAGUGACGGAGGAGACACUAACCCCGCCCUGCUGCUGAUGCAGGAGUACAUGAUCACUCUGCGUAAUAAGCUGAGUCCUGUGGAGUUGCAGCACUUUGCGGUAUUGCUGAGAGAAUAUAGGCUGGGAUCAAACAUCGAUCACUUCUGCUCAGAGCUGCUGCAACUUUACGGAGACAAUCGCAAGUUCCUGCUGAUGGGCAUGCGUCCCUUCAUCCCAGACAAGGACGUCGGGGUGUUUGAGAGUUUCCUGGAGAGCAUCGGGAUCAGGGAGGGAGGCAUUUUAACCGACAGCUUCGGACGCAUCAAACGCAGCAUGAGCAACACGUCGGCUACGGCCAUGAGAGGCAUGUAUGAUAACGGCUCUCUGGCUUCGGGAUCUCAGGAAUUCAACCGACGCAUUACAGACAUGACCCACGACAUCCAGGCGCUCGGCUUCCAGGACACACACGCAGACAUCGAGGAGGAAGAUUACUACCUCUGAUGGAGGGAGACUCUGAUUCCUAGUCAAAUUCAGACAGUUUUCAGACUCUCUGAAAGAUCAGGGCAGCUCGUGUUCUCUAUUGAUAGGCAAUACGCUGUAAAUAUAAAUUGUCUGACAGUUGUACCCUUCUUAAUGUUGAUGUUUAAUAUGCAAUUCCUGCUCCAUGCACAGAAAAUACAGUACGACAAAGAAAACUAAGCUGUAUUUAUUCAAUUAAACUCAAUUAAUACAAAAA